GCAACGCAACGCAAGAUAGAUAACUAACAGGGCCGCGAGAGCCUGAACCGGCAUGGCGGCAGGCAGGGCGGCAGGGCCGGGCGGGGAUCGGAGCGGAACAACCAGGGAUCCGGGGCAGAAAUUCCUUACUCGUACGGAGUACACCGUACGGAGUACUCCGUCAGGGUAAAGUUACAUCGUAGCCCAGUCUAGACCGACGGGAUCACGUGCGCCCGGCGAAAAUCAUUCCAUCGUUUCAUCAUCCCGGAAUCCCGACGGAGGUCGCCCGUAGUACUCCGUCCUCCGUCCUCCGUCCUCCGUCCUCAGAUCCAUCUUUAGGUCCGGAGGUUGAGCCAUCAUGGCGUCGAAAAUCGUCGUUCUGGGCGACGUCCACGGGGAGCUGCGGGAUGUCUUCACCAAGCUCUCCAAGCUGCACGCCAAGCAGGAUUUCUCCUUGGCCAUCGUCGUUGGCGACCUCUUCGGCGACGGGGCGACGGAGCAGGAGCAGGAGCAGGUCAGCGCGCUGCUCCAAGGCCAGCUGGCGGUGCCGCUGCCCACGUAUUUCACGCUGGGCCGCCGGCCGCUGCCUGCCCCCGUGGUCGAGGCCAUUGAGGCCACCGACGAGGUCUGCCCCAACCUCUACUUCCUGGGUCGUCGGGGCACCCUCAAGACCGCCGAGGGCGUGCGCCUGGUGGCCCUGGGAGGCCAGCUCGAGUCCGCCGGCGGCGCGCCGUCCGACAAAUACCAGCCCGCCUACACCGAAUCCGAUGCGCGAGCCCUCCACGGCGCCCACCAGGCCGACAUCCUCAUCACCCACCAGUGGCCCCGGGACAUUCGCACCGGCUCGAACGCCCCCGUGCCCGACGAUGCCACCCUCCCCGCCGAGGUGCAGUGCGUGGCCGACCUCUGCUCCACGCUCAAGCCGCGCUACCACCUCGCCUCCUCCGCCGCCGGCUUCUUCUGGGAGCGCGAGCCCUUCUUCCACCUCCCUACGGACGAUCACCCCGACGCGAAACCGCUGACCCGCUUCAUCAGCCUCGCCGCCUACAGCAAAACCGCCAAAACGAAAUGGAUGUACGCCUUCACCCUCGACCCCCAAGCCGCCCCCGCCCUGACCAUCCCCGCCGGCGCAACCGCAACCCCCUUGGCCCCCGUCGCCAGCAAGCGCAGGCCCCUCCAGUCACAAAAGGACUCGUACCGCCGCUUCGCCGUCGACGAGGAAGACCAUCAGCGGCCUCGCAAACGUCCCCGCGCGCCCCCGCCCGGUCCCGACCAAUGCUUCUUCUGCCUGUCCAAUCCCAACAUCGCCACUCACCUCAUCACCUCCAUCGGCGACGAAAGCUACCUCACCACCGCCAAAGGCCCUCUCCCGACCUCCAAGACCUUCCCCACCCUGGACUUUCCCGGCCAUAUGCUCAUCAUCCCCUUCACCCAUACCCCAACCCUCAACAGCAUCACCGAUGACUCGGCCCGCCAGACAACCUACGCCGAAAUGCACCGCUACCGCACCUCCCUGCACGCCAUGCUACAACAGCGCGCCAACAACGCCCUCGGCGCCGUUACCUGGGAGGUCAGCCGCGGCAACGGAAUCCACGUCCACUGGCAAUUCCUUCCCGUGCCGGCCUCGCUCAUCAAACGUGGUCUCGUCGACGCCGGUUUCCGAGUCGAAGCCGAGAACCUCAAAUACCCCAAAUUCGAAUCCGCAUCCGCCUCCACCACCGACCCCAGCGCCGAGCCCGGCGAUUUCUUCCGCGUGUGGAUCUGGGAUCCCCCGUCUCCGGCUUCCGCCUCGGGGGAGAACGACGGCAGGGAUGGGGAUGCCGGGUCCGAGAAAACGCUUCUGCUACCCCUGGGCCCCGACUUUCGAUUCGAUCUGCAGUUCGGCCGCCGGGUGAUGGCGAAACUGAUGGGGCUGGAGAAGCGCAUUCAUUGGAAAGAUGACGUGCAGUCGCAGGAGGCCGAGGAGGCCGAUGCCGUGGCAUUCAAGGACGCGUUUAAGGAGUUUGAUUUUACCUUGGAGGGGUAGGGAUGCGCUGGGCAGAUCGACAUCCGAAAAGAUCUAUCACGGCAACUGCGCGCGGUCUGCACGGCGGGUAGGCCGCGAGGCUAUGGGACUGCGCGAUGGCCAG